UAGAAAACGAACACACGUUUAUAUUUACUCGAAAUCCUUAAGCUAAUUUGUUAGGUAUUCUCAAUCAAAUGCCCAUUAACUUAUUUGCAUGUAUUGUACAAACGCCUUCCACUAUUUGUUUCAGUGCAGUGUUUUAACUCUGAAUAUCAUGGAUCCCAUAUACGACUUCGUGUCAGCUCGUACACAGCCUAUGUACACCCUUGGUGUAACGCUGUUCACAGGUUCAUGUUGUGGCCUUCUGUGCACGUUAGCGGCCAUAUUGGCGGCCGUCAUUGAUCGGCGUUCUGACGUACAAAAAUUCAUUGAUCAUCCUCCAGUGGCUAAGGACGAUAGCAAAAAAGAGGAAUCGAAGUUUAUCCGUAUAUCUGAUGUAAAGCGAUUUCCGUCCACAUUCUGGCUUAUUGCCAUCAGCUCCGCUCUCUUCUACCUGCAGCUUUUCCCCUUCGUGACACAGGGAGAGCUGUUCUUUGCAACGAAGUAUUCAAGAAGUCCGAAAGAGGCAAAUACGAUAAACAGCAUGGUAUACCUGGUUGGAGCGGUUUCGAUGCCACUGUUCGGUGUUGCCAUCGACAGAGUGGGUCGUAACCUGUACUUCCUGAUGACCCGCCUCGUCCUGGGGCUGACCAGCCAUAUCAUGAUGACCUUCACCUUUGUGGAGCCGUACGUAUGCACGGUGAUUCUUAGUCUAGGAUACUCCUUGGUAACCACCACAUGUUGGCCCCUGGUGUCCUACGCGGUCCCUCUGAGGUACCUCGGCACUGCGUUCGGAAUCAUGGGCACCAUUAUUUCUGUGGGGCAGGCUAUUGAUACGUAUUUUGUUGGCUUCAUCGUCGACACUGCGGGCUAUCUGGUCCUCGAAGUGUUCUUUACCAUGUUCAAUGAUAGCAGCUGCGUUGUUGUAUUUACGGGACGCGUCAACAGAUGGCCUACUGAAUCUAAGUACAAAACAACGUGCAGUUUUUCUCAAGCAUCAUGUGUGAGACAGACUUUGUAGAAAACGUUCAGAUUUGCUGUGAGAUUUUAAAUUUAAUUUGAUUAAAUUUCGGCGUGUUAUUGUGAUUAUUUUGUUAAUAUUGUUGCAUGCAGUGCCAAAUUAUUGUUUGUUUUAAAAUCUCAGCAUUACAUGCGCGUGUAUGUUGGUAUGAUGUUUUACAGAGGAAAUAAAAUAUUGCACUUAAACAUA